AUGGUCGCUGCAGCUCGUUUUCGUACCGCCCAAUGGUUGGCCAAGGCUGGGUUUGCCCCUCAAGUGUUUUUGUUCAGAAACUUGGAGAGCGGACAAGUGAUAUAUUCCCAAUUUCCGGUGUUCGCUCAACAUCAGAUCGAUGCGUUGUUCAAGCGUCCAAAUUGGGAGAAUAAGAAGCCUUCUACGAGGCGUGAUAUUUGGAGGUGCAUGGCUGUGGUGGACCUGCCUAGCUACGAGCAAGGAGUUAGGAUUUAUCAGAACCUGUGUCGUCUACGGUACCUGAGAGACGUCGGGGACCUGAAGAAGGCAGAUUCGCUGCGGAAGAAGAACGAGGACGGCCAUGUAUGGUACAGCGCGCAGUUUCGCCCCACCUACACGCAGGAGGCUGUGGCAGACUUGCGGGAAGCGCUAACCAAGGCCGAGGUCAGCCAGGGCGAGAUUCACUGGGAGAACGAAUGGCGGAUGGGAGACGUGGAGCAGCACUGGACCCCGGUGCUUCCGCAGCUCAAACACUCUAUUUUGACCCGGGUUGGCAACGGUGCGCGCGAGGAGUCUGCCAUCCUGCGCGAGCUGGGCGAACGUGCCAGGAAAGCGUUUGCCAAGCUGCGCGCACAAGAAACGGCAGCUGGCGAGCUUUCCGUGUAA